AUGAAGUCUUCUUUUGCUGCUCUCGUUCUGUCUGCCCUUGCUUUCUCCGUGCAUGCCCUUCCCUCUUCCCCGUACUCUGACAGUGCUCCCCCGUCUGACACCGUGCCGCUCUACCGCGCCUACAGCCCCUCCGCCACCGACCACUUCUACACCGCCGACAAAGCCGAGCACGACCACGCCGUCACCUCGCUCGGGUACUCCAACGAGGGGACCGCGGCUCAAGUCUUCCACGCCAAGGUCGCCGGCGCGGUUCCGCUCUAUCGCCUGUACAGCUCGGGGGGCACGGACCACUUCUACACGACGAGCACGUCGGAGCGCAGCAACGCGAUGUCGAAGCUCGGGUACGCGGGCGAGGGCGUCGCCGCGUACGUGUAUCCGAGCGCGAAGUGCGGGAGCGUCCCGCUGUACCGGAUGUACUCGAAUUCGGCGGUGGACCACUUCUACACGACGAACGUGAACGAGAAGAACAAUGCGGUGGGAUCGCUGGGGUACACGUACGAGGGAGUGGCGGGGUACGUGAACCCGGUCAAGGGGAAGAACUGCCACUAG